AUGGUUUCCCCAGCGCAGAGAGUGCUGAUUCUCAGCACAUUUGUCUGGUUAAAUAUCAGUUCUACAUGGGUUUGACUCCUACUAAUCAUUUAGUAAAUUAAAAAGGUGUGGAUUUUGGUCAUUGCCAAAGUUACAUAGUAAAGUCUGUGUUCCCCGUGCUUGUAUAGUACAGUCAUAUUGUAUUAUUCUGUAUAAUUACAAAUUGUGCAAUAAAUUGAUCUCCAUCACGUAAACACAAUUAUGUUAAAAUCACUUAUAUGAACUGCUAAAUAUGUGCUGUCCACAGCCACUUAGUUAUUGUUUUCACAUUUUCUUUAAUUCCGUUAAACGCUUCUUUACAGGAGCCGUUUGUUGCCGAUGAAUAUAUUGAACGAUUGGCGUGGAGAACUCCAGGGGGAGGGUCUAGGGGAGGACAGGAAACAUUUGAUCCAAAAAGGUAUGUAUUAACUUCCUUUCUUUGUUCAGAAAUGUCCUGUUUGUUUUGUAUUGUUUGUUUUUUUGAGUGGUCUUAAAAUGAUAUUUUGGUACUGUUAUUGUGUGUAUAACUCUCUCUCUCUCUCUCUCUCUCUCAUUUUAGUGUUUUUGAUUAACUUUAUAUUUAUUUAUUGGGGGCAGGGGGCAGGUAGGGAGGCACUCAGCUUUAAUACAUAGCAUUAUUCGCUGAUUGCCUCAGCAUGUAGUGCAGGGUUUAGCAUAGGAGAUCUAAUAGAGGUGCCUCCUAACUCUCUGGUGUUGGUAGUAUAGGCAGGGAGUGGCGCCAUGAGGACCUCUGGUAAUUAUUAAGACCAUUGGUGUUUGUACUGCUUGUCUCUAUAAUACAUGUGCACUUAUUGGGCCUUUAAUCAUAUCGCUUCUAUAAUAAGACACCGCAUUAUUUAUGCUUUUAUAGACAGCUCUGGGCUUGUUUGUAGCGGCAGUAGUGAAACUGAUUUUCUUCUCCGCACUACAUUUUGACAACGAAGCUGUCCAAACCGGUUUAGGAAUCAGAGGGAUCAUAUUUAAUAUUGGUAUCAGCCAAACCAGAAUAAUGCAUACUUCAUAGCUUGGUAUCUGCAUUGUUAUGUAUCUUUAAAAAUGCUUCAGAAAACAUAUACUGUUCAUCAGACCAACAGUGUUUGUAUUUUCCUUUUUCAGUUGUUUUCUUUUCAGAUUAGAAUUACAGCAAAUGGACACUGUAUUAAUAACAAUGCUACAUUCCCAUAACUAUUGCUAUUAUAAACCAUGUAGUAAAACAACAAGAAAUUGGCCGUGAACAAUAACAUGUUUUCGUUUUGCUUAUAAUGUAUAUUUAUCAUGCUUAUUCUGGGUGUGUGGGAAAAGAGAGAUUGACUCUAAUUUAACAAGAAUGGUCUCCCAUCUUUUUUGGUUUGAGCUUCAGUAAUUCUAGAGAAUUUAUGUCAUAUUUUCUGCCUUUUUAGACUGUUGGAGGAGUUUGUUAACCACAUUGAAGAGCUUAAGUUAAUGGAUGAAAGGAUUCAGAGGAAAGUAGAGAAGCUGGAGAAUCAGUGCCAGAAAGAGGCGAAGGAGUUUGCCAAAAAAGUCCAGGAAUUGCAGAAGAGCAAUCAGGUAUGCCAUGAACCAUAUUCUCUAAUAACCGGUAUGCCAUAAACUGUAUUCUAUGAUAACCGGUAAUGCCAUGAACCAUAUUCUCCAAUAACUGGUAUGCCAUGAACCGUAUUCUCCAAUAAUCGGUAUGCUAUAAACUGUAUUCUAUGAUAAUCAGUAUGCCAUAGACCGUAUUCUCCAAUAAUCGGUAUGUCGUGAACCAUAUUCUCCAAUAACCGGUAUGCCAUAAACUGUAUGCUAUGAUAACCGGUAUGCCAUAAACUGUAUUUUAUGAUAACCGGUAUGCCAUAAACUGUAUUUUAUGAUAACCGGUAUGCCAUAAACUGUAUUCUAUGAUAACCGGUAUGCCAUGAACCAUAUUCUCCAAUAAUCAGUAUGUCGUGAACCAUAUACUCUCAUAACCUGUAUGCCAUGAACCAUAUUCUCCAAUAACCAGUAUAUCAUGAACCGUAUUCUAUGAUAGCCGGAAUACCAGAAACCAUAUUCUACGAUAAUCGGUAUGCCAGAAAUCGUAUUCUAUGAUAACCGGUAUGCCAGAAUCCAUAUUCUAUGAGAGCCGGUAUGCCAUGAACCAUAUUCUAUGAUAACCGGUAUGCUAUGAACUGUAUUCUACGAUAACCGGUAUGCCAGAAACGGCAUUCUACGAUAACCGGUAUGCCAGAAACGGCAUUCUACGAUAGCCGGUAUGCCAGAAACGGCAUUCUACGAUAGCCGGUAUGCCAGAAACGGCAUUCUACGAUAACCGGUAUGCCAGAAACGGCAUUCUACGAUAACCGGUAUGCCAGAAACGGCAUUCUACGAUAACCGGUAUGCCAGAAACGGCAUUCUACGAUAACCGGUAUGCCAGAAACGGCAUUCUACGAUAACCGGUAUGCCAGAAACGGCAUUCUACGAUAACCGGUAUGCCAGAAACGGGAUUCUACGAUAACCGGUAUGCCAGAAACGGCAUUCUACGAUAACCGGUAUGCCAGAAACGGCAUCCUAUGAAAGCCGGUAUGCCAUGAAUCGUAUUCUAUGAUAAACGUUAUGCCAGAAUCUGUAUUCUAUGAUAACCAUACCUACUGUAGAUCUACAGCCCAAAACUGUUGUUAGCUCACUGUCCCUUUACUGUGUACACACAUCUUCCAAAUACUCUGAUUAUUUGACUCUAUGCUGAACUUUAUUUCAUUAUUAGUGUCGUAUUUUAUGCCUACACUUUCCGAAUCAUACAUUAAUUCUAGAGCUGCUUUCAUCAAGUUAUAUAACGGUGGUUCUCAGAUUGCUUAGAGCAGGGCUCAACAAAUCCGAGGCUAGGUCGACUAGGAAUUUUGUCCUGGCGCAUUGGGAUUUGUAAUCCCAUUCAACGGUGGCUGCCUGCUGAGGGAGCAGGGAGGCGGCCCGCUGAGGGAGCUGUGAUCUUCCUGCUCUGCUCCGUCACUACAGUAAUGUUGGAAGCCAGGAUAUGAUAUCUCUCCAGCCCUACAUUUCCCAAAUGUUGGUAAUUAUGUGAGUGCGUGUGUCUGCCAGUGAGUGUCUGUUUAGGUGACCAGCCCUCAUCUGAUCACAUAGGAAAGGUGUUUAUGCUUGCCUUUCUUCCCACACAUUGUUGGACUUGCUGCGACUGUCCCCGCCUCCAUGGCUGAGAUUCCAUAGUAAAGCAUUGGGAGGCAAUUGCGCAUGCGCUAAUCAGCAACUCCUCAUAUAGAUGCAUUGAAUCAGCACAUUUCUAUGAGGAACAUUGAGCGCCUUCAUGCAGAGCAUGGAGAUACUGAAUGUAGGUUCUGCACACUCUGCAGCACUAGACUAGGAAUCACCUCUAGUGGCCAUCUGAGUGACUGUAAUUAGAAGUGUUACUAGGCAGUAUUAUAAACACUGCUUUUUCUCUGCAAAGGCAGCAUUUUACUUUGAAACGCUAACAGGGACAGGAGAACUACUAAAUUAAGCUGUGGUGGUUCUAGUGACUAUAGUGUCACUUUAAGAAUUGUAUUUUUAUAAAUGAAAAUAAAGCUUUAAGAAACUGGCUCCUAAAUUCCAAGCAAAUUUGGCAAGCCCUGGCUUUAAUGAUAUACUUGUAUUUCACAAAGCACAUUAAUGUCCUCUGCUUGGUGCCCCUCCCACGGUUUACACCCUUCAUUUUUGUAUUGAUUAAUAUUAUACUCUUAAAACUGCUUUCAUGGUACAUCCUACUUUGUGUGGAUCCUUUGUCUGUUCCUAACUCGCAGUGUUGGAAGUUCCUGCUCUGUGUGUGUGUUAGAUGUUUGAUUUAGAGGGUAGAGAAAGCCAGUGUAAGGACUGGCAAACAUUACUCACCAGAACAUUACAUUAAGUUUUCCAUAUGUAAAUGGUGGCUGUCUGUGAUUAUAUUAUAUUCAUAAUCUCUCAGAGAUGCGGAAUUUGUAUGGCCUGACACUGGAGACGUGCAGUUCCGGGCGCCGGACAGGCAGUUUGUUUUGACAUUUAGCCGUACUGCGGGUAAGCGGCAGGGCUACUAGAAAGAGGACAGUGUGUCAGGGAGUGUGUGCACGAUACUUCCAGCACUUGCAGACCUCAGAUGUCAGUUCCAACCUGUUCUACUGAGUCAGAGUGCAUUGCAGACUCGACUGUAGGAUUGAUUUAAAGACUGCAGCUGGCAAGAUGGUUAGAAAUAUUUUAAGGGGGUGGGUGGAGUAGUAAGUGCCAAAAUAGCAAAUUCAUGUUGUAGUGCAGGGAUGCCCAAAGGUAGAUGCCCAGAUGUUUUAGAACUACAGCUUCCAUGAUUGCUUUGUCUUUCUAAAGCAUUCUAAAGGCAUGCAAUGCAUAUAGGGAGUUGUAGUACUACAGCAUCUUGGGAUCUACCUUUUGGGCCAUUAUGGGCUCAGAUGUAUUUUGUGCAUGCAUAAAGAGUAAUGCAUAUCAUUCUGGAGUUUGCAGUCUGGAUUUGAUCAAGCAUAAAACACUUGGGGAGUUGGCAGCGUCCUGUUAUAUGUAAUAUUAAUAACUAACAUUAUGAUUGCAGUCCAAGUUAUGAGAGGGCAUUUGCUAUAUCCACUGAGUUAGUCCUGUAGUAAUGCUGUCCACAUCAUCUAUGUUGCAAAUAAUGAAGUACAGUCUGAAAAAUGUGUAAGAGUUGAAGGGAAGCAGAUAAGGCUGUUGAUGGGGUUUUGAAAGUCAGCAUCUACAAAUGCCUGUGUUUUGUCUUGAAAGCAUUGGCAUGUUUAGAAUUAUACGUACCGAAUAAGGGAAGUCCUGGGUUCCUUACUUUCAGUGGAUUGUGUUGUAAACAGUUUUGGAUAGUUGGGUUGAAUAUGUUGUAAACAUCUUUGGAUAGUGGGGUUAAAUAUGUUGUAAACAGCUUUGGAUAGUGGGGUUCAUAUAGUAAAAGGGCGAGUCCUCUGAAUUCCUAACUGGAUCCCGUUUAUACACAAAUAAAAGCAUCGCAUUGGCCCUUAGGUCUCUGCUGGAGAAAUCUGCAUUCAGCUUUGUCUCCUGAAUCAGAAUCUUUCCUCCGGCCUUUAAUCAAUAUAUCAACAGCCUGACUCCCCUAUUGUCCUUUCCCCUCUGCUAAUACGUGGUCUCCGUGUAUACCCUUGCAGUCUCUCAUUUCCCCUCUAAUUUAUUUAUUUAUAAAAUAUUUUACCAGGAUGGAUACAUUGAGAUUUCUCUCAUUUUCAAGUAUGUCCUGUGUCCACAAAACAUUGAUACAAUAGGGUACAAUAUUACAAAAAUACAAUAUACAAACUAUAAAUAUAUAUACACAUACACUCAUAUAUAAAUUUAAUACAUAACCGGUAAUAAAUAUAUUCAACCAUGACAUGUGCAUUCUGUGCUAAAGUAAAUUGCCAUAGAUCUCUUAAACAAUUUUAGAUUGAAUGAAGAUUUGUGAGUGUAUCUCUAAGAUUAUUCCAUAAUUGCGGCGCCCUGUAGGAAAAUGAGGAUCGACCCACUUUAUUUUUGUAUUGCGGUAUGCUAAAUAUCGUGCUAAUACUGGAUUGGAGGUUAUAGGAGCUUGGAACAGCCUGGGAGAACAUUCUACUCAGGUAGGGUGUCGAAUGCUCUUAUGCACAAGGCUGGAAAGAUGAAGAGUGCGUCAGGAUUCCUGCAACAGCCAGUUUAGCUCUUUUAACAUGUCUCAGUGGUUGAUAAAGUAAUUACAUUCUAGUACAAUGUUGUUUGUUGCACUAUCUGUCUCCUUACUGUAGGGCUUAGGCAGGAUUUGUUUCUGUACAGGGCACCUAGCUUUGGGUAAAGUUUUGAAGAGAUUGUUUUAAUGUGAAGGCCAAAGGAUAGAUUGGGUCUAGCAACAUAGAUCAGCCUGCUGUCAGUGUGCUAUUUGAAUUUGUUCUGAUACACAAUUGUUGAUUUUGUAGUUUACGUAAUUUAGUUACAGUUCCAAAGAUCAUUGUAACGGUUUUGUCAGUGUUUAGGAGGAGUUUGUUAUCCGCUAUCCACUUUUCUACCUCUGUGAAUUGGUUUUGGGGUCUGGGUGCCUAGAGUGGUCCUUUAAGGAUUUGCAAACGUUAGGCAGAUCAUUUAUACAUUAUGUGAAUAUGUGGUUUCUGUGUAUACCCUUGCAGUAUCUCAUUUCCCCUCUAAUAUGUGGCCUCCGUGUAUACCCUUGCAGUAUCUCAUUUCCCCUCUGCUAAUACGUGGUCUGUGUAUACCCUUGCAGUAUCUCAUUUCCCCUCUGCUAAUACUUCGUAGUCUCUGUUUAUACCCCUGCAGUAUCUCAUUUCCCCUCUAAUACGUGGUCUCAGUGUAUACCCUUGCAGUAUCUAAUUUCCCCUCUGCUAAUACCUGGUCUCCGUGUAUACCCCAGCAGUAUCUAAUUUCCCCUCUAAUACGUGGUCUCUGUGUAUACCCUUGCAGUAUCUCAUUUCCCCUCUGCUAACAUGUGGUCUCAGUGUAUACCCUUGCAGUAUCUCAUUACCCCUCUGCUAAUACGUGGUCUUUGUGUAUAUCCUUGCAGUAUCUCAUUUCCCCUCUGCUAACAUGUGGUCUCAGUGUAUACCCUUGCAGUAUCUCAUUACCCCUCUGCUAAUACGUGGUCUUUGUGUAUACCCUUGCAGUAUCUCAUUUCCCUUCUGCUAACACGUGGUCUCAGUGUAUACCCUUGCAGUAUCUCAUUUCCCCUCUGCUAAUACUUGGUCUCCGUGUAUACACCUGCAGUACCUCAUUUCCCCUCUAAUACGUGGUCUCUGUGUAUACCCUUGCAGUAUCUCAUUACCCCUCUGCUAAUACGUGGUCUCUGUGUAUAUCCCUGCAGUACCUCAUUUCCCCUCUGCUAAUACGUGGUCUCAGUGUAUACCCCUGCAGUACCUCAUUUCCCCUCUAAUACGUGGUCUCUGUGUAUACCCUUGCAGUAUCUCAUUUCCCCUCUAAUACGUGAUCUCUGUGUAUACCUUUGCAGUAUCUCAUUUCCCCUCUGCUAAUACGUGGUCUCAGUGUAUACCCUUGCAGUAUCUCAUUUCCCCUCUGCUAAUACGUGGUCUCUGUGUAUACCCUUGCAGUAUCUCAUUUCCCCUCUGCUAAUACGUGGUCUCUGUGUAUACCCUUGCAGUAUCCUGUUUUCACCUACUGCUGUUUUUGUUUUAUAUGGGAUUUCCUGACGUGAUCUAUUUAAAUACUCCGAUUCAGUGCUGUGACAAAUUAAGAUUCAUUAUGCACUGGAACUUCAAAAGGACUCAUUUCUUUGUGUAAGAAUCACUUAGCUGCAGCUGCAAUUUUUUAGUCUUCUAAAUAAGCAUAAAUAAAGCUUUUGUCAAGUCACUUAGAUCAAGGCUAUAAAGACAAAAUAUGAAAUUAUUUAAUUUUGUGCAGUAGCUGCAAAGGUAUAAGUUGUGUGGGGACUGAUUCUGUUUACAUGAAUAUAUUAGUUACACUAAGGGUCACCAUCAACCCAAUGCUGUCUGAAUUGUGCCAUCUGAGUCCCUGAUAUUUUAUAUUUAAUGUUAUGUCAGCAGCGAGACCUGUCAGAAAAUAGCGCUACCUAAUUUCAGACAAACUUCCCUGUUGCAAUAAAUAAUAAAUGCAAGGUGAGAGAAGGAGUUGAGGAGAUUUAGUGUUGAGUAUGUUGUUAUAAAGUUGAUGGCGGUUACAGUGAACCAGAUCUGUGAGAUUUUAGGCUAGUUGAUAUCGUUUCCCUGGUCUGUAUCAAGAGAAUUGCAUCAGCCAAAUGAAAGGAAUUUGAUUGUAGCAAACAACUGAACUACAGCCCAAUGGAAGUGCAAAUUCAGUUGAAAUAGCCAUGUUUGUGUUGAAUAGAAUUCAGUUGCUCUCUGGCAUUUUGUGUAUAGAAUCUUUGUAUCAUUGUUCAUGGUGUGCAGUAUUGGCUCUCAGCCUGUAUGCAGGUUUGUGUUGGUGUGAAGUAGGUGUGCAUGGAUGUUUUAUCCUCUCCAUGUCACUGGUCUCAUUUUCCCACGUCACUAGCCUUCUCAGUCAUUUGCCAAGUUACUCUUUAUAUUGUUAUCCCUCUCCUUCCCAUACAUCUUUUUCUGUUUGCUCAUCCCCAUUUUGCUUGCACUCUAUUCUCCAUAAUAUUAAUAGUUAUGAGACUCCCAUGUGUGCUUAGCUUGGCCCAUAUGGCUACUAAAGGAUCUGCACCUGGAGUUGCCCCAUGUUGUGAGCAUUCUUAAACUGUGUCCUUCUCCAUGUGUGCAUCCUCCCAUAGAUUUAUUAUAUUGUGUAUAAACGUAUAAAUUCUAAAUUAUUUCUACAUUUUUGCCUUUCCAGGUUGCAUUUCAACAUUUCCAGGAACUAGAUGAACAUAUUAGCUAUGUAGCCACCAAGGUGUGCCACCUUGGGGACCAGCUGGAGGGGGUAAACACACCACGCCAACGUGCUGUGGAGGCACAGAAACUGAUGACCUAUUUUAAUGAAUUUCUGGAUGGAAAUCUGCAGUCUGAUGUAUUUAACAACUCUGAAAAGGUUAGUGCUAUCAGCUGGGCAUUGAGGAUUUCCAUUGGCAACCAGCUUUGCCCUAAUUACAAGGGGCCACUUACUGUCACUGAGACACUAACUUGUUACACUUUAUCAGCCCUAACAAUGUGAUACUGUUAAUUUACAUUUGUUAAAGAUUGGCUUUUUUUUGUAUGCUUAAACCCUUUUUGUUAGUUUUGAUGUAAAAUUACCAUAUGAGUAAAAUAACUUUGGGAAUUUCAAUUCAAAACAAUUCAAAACUUUGUAAAAAAAAAAAAAAGAAAAGAAAAGAAAAUGUGAAACAAACAAAUCAAUAGCUUUAGGAUGUGGGCACAUUAAUGCAAUGCAAACACAUUGUAAUAAAAUGUCUUAGCUAGCAUUUUUAUUGUACUUGUAUUGGUUAAAGGAAUUCCAGCUGAUUUAAUUUUGAAACAGCGGGUGAACCUGCUGGAUCAUAGUAGGAUAUAAUAUGAGCUCAGAGGUCUCAUUCUGUAAUUGUCAGGCUAAUGCAGGUGUCCACUUCGCCGUCAGUCUGGGGACAUCAACGAGAUCAGCCAAAGUGGAGAGGUUUUGUUGGUGCCAGUAUCCUGUGUGGGGAUGGGGUGCCUCCAAAACUCACUGUGGCCCAUUAUGUAGCAGAAGAAUGGAUAUUUUUGUGUAUCUGUACCUUUUCCGCUCCUUGGUGUCUGACUGCGGGCUGGCUGUGUGUUCUGUUGAAAGGAUGGUAUUGAGUUCUGUUGUGUUUAGUUAUAUGAUUUGUAUGUUUUAUAUAGAUAAAAGAAGCAGCUGACAUAAUUCAGAAAUUGCAUCUGAUUGCACAGGAGCUGCCAUUUGAUCGGUAAAUAUUUUUGUUGUAACCUUCAAAUGAACACAAAUCAUGGAUUGGAAUUGUAUCCACAAAAUAUAAAUAUAUACAAGGGUACUUUUUAUUUUUAUUUUUUCUAAUAUAUAAAAAAAUAAAACAUAUAUAUAUAUAUAUAUAUAUAUAUAUAUAUAUAUAUAUAUAUAUAUAUAUAUAUAUAGAAAAAGUCAAUAUAGAAGGAGCACUCACAGGUCUUCAUAUAAAUAUUGAUUUAUUCCAAGUUACAUGUGCAAUCGACGUUUCGACCCUCACAGGGUCUUCUUCAAAAGCUCCUUCUAUAUUGACUUUUUCUAUAUGUAAACGCUGAGGAUUGCACCCAGGCAGUGUUGCAGUUGUUGGAAAUAUUAAGGGUGAGUGCCAAGAAUUCUCUUCAUAUAUAUAUAUAUAUAUAUAUAUAUAUAUAUAUAUAUAUAUAUAUAUAUAUAUAUAUAUAUAUAUAUAUAUAUAUAUAUAUAUAUAUAUAAAAUUGAAACAUGGGGUGCGGAUCUAGCACAUAAACUUACAAAAAUCAUCAAUUAUGAAUAUAGAUUGCAGUGUAAACAUAAAUCUUAAAAUUAUGCAAAUUUACACGUUUUAAGUUUCAUUUCUUUGUUAAUCUUUUAUAGAAAUAUACGAGAAGUGAAAAUCUUUAGACGAUACCCAGCAUCCAUUAUCCUACAACAUUUCACACAUGGUCUGAAAUAUAUGUAUAAAAGCAAAAAUACAAAUUUUCUUGCAUACAGUAGGUUUGACAAAAAUAGAUGAAUAAAAAUGGUCAAAUAUCUUGCUUGUAGGUAUGUGUAAGAAGCCAGAUAGCAUAACUACUAGUACAGCUUACUGAUAAUAGCAACAGAAUGUAAACUUAGAGAAUAAUGCUGAUAUAUCGUAAGAAGAGUUAAAUCAUAUAUUUCUAAAAUGCAGGUAUGAGCAAUCUUUAACCCCUUAAGGACCAAACUUCUGGAAUAAAAGGGAAUCAUGACAUGUCACACAUGUCAUGUGUCCUUAAGGGGUUAAAGAAACCUCUAUAAUGAUAAGAGCCAUACACAAGUAGUAAUUCACUCCUCCCUGACUGUUCAAAUGGUUUGAUCUUUGAGGCUUCCUUUACUAAAAUAUGUCUUUUUUACACAGGUUUGCGGAGGUAAAAUCAAAAAUUGCAAGUAAGUUCCAUGUUAGAGAUUCUUGCUGUUUUUCUUGCUCUUUUCGAACUCGUGUUAUUGUAAACCUAACAAUACUGUUUGCUCUGUACAGGUAAAUACCACGAUUUGGAGCAUCAGUUAAUUCAGGAAUUUAAAAGUGCUCAGCGCAGAGGAGAAAUCUCGCGUAUGAGAGAGCUGGCCGCAGUUUUGCUUCACUUUAAGGUAUGUUUUUCAGUCAUAGAUCCUGGUCAGGUAUAGUGCUGAGGUAGGGGUUUAAGUGCUGGUUAGCUUAAAUAAUAAAUAUAGUUAAAUGGAUACUAUAGUGCCAGGAAUACAAAGCUUAUAUGAUAUUACCCUCCUCCUAAAUAAUUAGGAAGUGACAUUCCUCAUUCUUUUAGGAACAGAAGCGGGAUGAAUGUUUUGUGCUGGGAAAGCACCAGCUUUUGUCCAACUGCUCAAAAAAAUGGAGGGACUGCACUAAUAGAUUCCUUGUACCAUAACCACUAUAAUAUGCUCUAGUGGUUAUGGUACGUAGAGUGCCUCUUUAACCCCUUAAGGACCAAACUUCUGGAAUAAAAGGGAAUCAUGACAUGUCACACAUGUCAUGUGUCCUUAAGGGGUUAAAGCUGCUUUGCCACAACCCCUCCCCCCUCCAAAAUUAGCAUUUUAUAAAAAAUAGAACCUUUAGGAGAUUCUCAUAUAGACUCUGUUCGUAUUUCUCUAAAAUUCCAACCCAGGCAAAAUAUAUCAUAAGACAAAGUAGGGACUGCUUUAUAUUAUGUAUUUUUCCUACUCCUGACAAAAAGGCGGAGCUACUGCUGUCAAGCCUUCAGCUGUCACUAGUGACGGCUGAGGGGGAAAAGGCUCUUUCCAUGGUCUAGCGGAUCCUCAUUAGACAUCAGUGUUGUACUCUUGGGCAUGCGCGAGAGUGCCACACUGAUGUCGGCUCCUUGCAGGUCAGGCAUCAGGAGCAUGGAAGAUGUCAGCGGCCACAAAGGAACGUUUCAGGUAAGUAAAAACUACCUUCUGCACAAAGCGGCCAGUGUAAUGCAAACAGAGAAAUCACCAUCAGGGGUCUUUACAAAAUGUGCAAAGACCCCAGAAGGUGACUGAGUCGCUUUAAUUUAAAGAGAUCCUAUAAAGCCAGGAAAACAAAGCCCCCCUCCCUUGUAGCCCCCCCACCCAUGACGCAGAAGGGGUUAAAACCCCUUCGAUUUAUUUAUUUUUGCAUCCUCUGUAUAAGACAUGUCUGUUUUAUGCAUUUACUGUUCUCUUCAGCCACAUUUAGUUGAUGCGGAUUAUAUUUUUUUCUACGUUUUUUUUUUUUUUCUCUACUGCUCAUCCGAAAUCCUCAACGUGCAUUAUUUUUCUUUUCUUUGCAGGGAUAUUCUCAUUGUAUGGAUGUAUAUAUAACUCAGUGUCAGGAGGUGAGGUAUACAGUGUGCUAUAAAUACAUAUACAUUAAGAAUAGGAGUUAAACAAUAUAAUAACUGUCUUGCGCUGUCUUUCUGUGUUUAGGGGACAUUUGUUAAAGGAGACAUAUUUGAGAACUCUGCUGUGUUGUGUCAGCGUGUUAAUCGAGAAGUUGGUGACAUCUUCAGCAACCCAGAAAUUGUUCUGGCCAAACUUAUCCAAAACAUUUUUGAAGUCAAUAUUCAGGUAUGCAAUAUAUUAAUGCUGUUUUGGCGUUAUGUUCUGUUAGCGAAGCGAUUGUGGCAUUAUCACAGAGUAACAUAUUAAUACUGUUCUGGCGUCAUGCUCUGUUCUGUUAGUGAAACAAUUGUAGCAUUAUCACGUAGUAACAUAUUAGUACUGGUCUGGCAUUAUGCUAAAUGUGAAAUUUGAUGGGAGCACCCACAGCAGAAAUGGGUGCAUCCCAAUACUUUUGUUUCUUUUUAAAGGAACACUAUACGGUCAGGGACACAAACAUGUAUUUCUGACCAUAUAGUGUUAAAACCACCAUCUAGGCUCCUCUGGUACCCCCUUACCUUCCUAAGUAUAGUAAAAUCUUACUUGUAUUCAAGUCUGCUGCUUCUGGCUCUGCCACUGACCUGCCUACAUGCCUGACAUCAGCAGAAGGGAUUCUGUGAGCCAGUCACAAUGCAUUCACAUAGAAUUGGCUGAGACUGUCAAGGAGGCAGAUCAGGGGCAAUGCCAGCACAAGUCAAACACAGCCCUGGCUAAUCAGCAUCUCCUCAUAGAAAUGCAUUGAAUCAAUCCAUCUCUAUGAGGAAAUUUCAUUGUCUCCAUGCAGCACUUCCCCAGGAAGCCAUCUGAGGAGUGGCCAGUGGAGGUAUCCCUAGGCUGUAAUGUAAACACUGCAUUUUCUCAGAAAAGACAGUGUUUACAGCAAAAAGCCUGCAGGGAAUGAUUCUACUCACCAGAACAAAUACAAUAAGCUGUUGUUGUUUUAGUGACUAUAGUGUCCCUUUAAUGUGACUUUUUGACAAAGAUUGAAAUCUGUUUCCUCUUUACACAAGAGGAAUAGAUGAAUUAGGAAGGUUGGCAUCUGAGGACCAACUGCUGCCAUCUACUGGUUUAUAAUAUCUGGAUGUUGCUCAUGUAUUAGAGCGGUCAUCCCAAACCCAGUCCUCAUGGACCACUAACAGUCCAAGAUUUAUGUAUUUCCCUGUUUUAUUCCAAUGAAGUUACUGGCAAAACCUGGACUGUUGUCCUUGAGGACUGGGUUGGGGAACACUGUAUUAGAGGAUCUGUCCUCGGAAAAUAGCUUUAACGUUAAUUAACAAAUUAAGAUCUUUUAGUGUUGUUGUUUAUUGUGCUAUUGCAUCUAUCCUAAAUAUAUUAUUUGUCUACUUUUAAAGAGAACAGUUGAUAUAUUUAAUUAACCCUGUUCUCCUAUUAACUCACUUGAUCUGCCCUACUUACACUUAGUAAUUACUAAAGGGCAAACUGCCACUUUCAGAGAGGUUCCCACCUGCAAGAAAUGUCCAGAUGCUUGCUGGUUGGUGUACGUGCUCGCCAGAUGGGAGUGAUGAGGCAUAGCGCUAAAAGUGAAUGUUUUAUUAAUUGUUUGCUUCACAAACACAUUAAGCAUGAAAGAAGUUGUUUUCAAGGGCUGCAGGGAACAAGUUUAAUUAUCUUGCCCAUUGGUUUAUUCACAUCCUAACUGGUUAUUGACAUAAUAAGCCUUUAAGCAGUGCCAGGCAACAACAGAACCAUGCAUUAAUGUGUCUUUCAUUACUGUAAAAAGGGAAGAGUGAUUAAAAGAUCAAAUUGUAUAUUCCAUAAAUCGAUAAAAUAAUAGUAUGUUCACUCUUGCGGUAGCGCCAUCAUGUGAAGUGUUCCCUUGAUCCGUGCGUUUAGAUGCUGCCAGGGAUUGAAUCUUACCUUCAGCGGUGUGAAUGCACUCUCCACAGGAUCCAGUAUGGAAUAUUCACACUGAGAUGAAAAGAAUGUGUCCAUCCGUGAUGUUGUUUUGACAGGAUGCGACUAAUUGAAUGAUGCGCAGAUAAUGUGUUCUUGAAGUGUGCUAAGAUUUUUAUAUUUUUGUUUCAGACUUUUGUUAAAGACAAGUUGGAAGAAUGUAAGAAAUCUGAUGCAGAACAAUACCUUAAGAAUCUGUAUGAUCUGUACACAAGGUAUUAAAGGUUUUUAUUAAUAUGUUUUGUGGAAAUCCUAUGAACGUUUGGUAUUGAGGACACUUGUUGCAGUGAUUUUAUGAUUCCGUGCUUCAAUAUGCCAAUUACACGCAGUGUCUGAGACCAGCAGACUUUGUCACUGUCUAUACCAGUCGAAACAUUACUUUUGGUGACUCUUUGCAGAAGAGACGCAACUCUAAUGGGGAAAUUAGUAAUGCACUGCAUUAUCACCCACGGGCUGCAAGAUGGGUUCUUAUGAUGACUCAAUAUGGUGGGUCAGUAGGAUGACUGUUGCUUACUAUAUUCCCCAGUAGCUAUUUGGUAAUAUGUGAGAUAUGCCUUUUGAUGGCAGACAUUUCCUACCUUUGCUCUCUUGGGGGAUGUUGACUAUUAUAAUCACAGAUGCUUGUGUUUAAGUUGGAGAUACCUGUCUACUGGCCAGUGUCACAGGCCACCAUCAAUACAAUGGGAUAAAUGUAGGAACUUUGUGGGCAGAGAUUUUCACUUUGUGCUGUCCAUUGGUAUUUUUCAUAUACUGACUCAAUAUAUGUCCUUUCACGUAAAUAUUUUUAUUAUAAAAUGUGAAAAAACAUUUGUAUUAUCUAUGUAUAAUUCUAAUAAGCUAUUGAGUGUUGUCCUCGUAAGUUCUAAAAAAAAAAAAAUUAAAAAAAAAAAUUGUAUCCAAUUAACUAAAUGUCUUCUGCCCGUCCACAACUGUUUGACCUGGAUCUACUGGGUGAUAUUUCCCUCUCUCAGCCUGAAGUGAAAGCUGGUAUCCCCUGUUAGGAGCUUCCAUUAGCUCUCCUGACCAAAGCCUGGCCCACCACUGGCGUUAUCUCAAUGCAGCUUCCGGCUGUAAGUAGCACCUGACAAAUCCCCUGGUAAGAAAUUAAACCAUGACUACUUACUUGGAGAGGAACCAGGGCACUCCUGGUACCAUAAACAUGACUUAGUGCUCACUGGUAAUGACGCUUGGAGUGUUCAUUUAAGUAGAACAUUUGGAAUAAAAAUAAAUAAUUAAACACACACACAUCUUUAUUUAAAAAAUAAAAUAAAUAAAAAACCAGAUGACAAGUUUACUUUAACAAUGCUUUAUUUACAACAGUUCCUCCAGUUGGGCCAACUGAAUGCAAUCUCUUCUCGAAUGCUGUUGCUGAAACAUCUGUAUUUCACAUUAAAAUUUGGCCAAGCUUUUAUGUCCAAUUUCAGGGGCAGCUCAUUGUUUAUUAUAAACCGUCUGAUUUGAAUGAAUUUAACAUUGUUCAUUCGUAGUCGGUGCCAGCAUCGUUAAAUAAAAAAAAACUACAAACAAACCAUGCAGCCUACUGAAACCAGAAGGUAAACAACUUACAUUGAUAUUCUUAAUUUGGCCAUAGCAUUUACACAAAUGAUUUGUUAAUUAGGCACCUUACUGUUUAUAAGGCUACUCCAACCACAAACUCUGUGUUUUAAGAACACACUGGCUUGGUUAGAGUAUUCCUUCCAAUAAACUUACCUCUGUUCCUGCCUCGAGCCCAAUCCUCCUCAGCUGAGGUCACUCCCCCUAGUUCCAAGAAAACAGGAAAGGGAUCUAUAGCGAUAGGAAUAGAGGUUUGUAUUCCUAACACUUUAGUUUUCCUUUAAUAACCGUAUCUGCACUUUAGCACAUCUGUUAGCAAAGUAUGCUACAAUCUGCGUUGCGACAUUGAAUUUUUAAAAUUUAAUUCACAUGUAUAUUUUUUAUUUCAUCUAGAACUACCAGUCUUUCUAGCAAACUAAUGGAGUUCAAUCUGGGUACGGAUAAACAAACCUUUUUAUCAAAGUUGAUCAAAUCGAUAUUCAUCACUUACCUGGACAACUAUAUUGACGUUGAAACUGCUUACUUGAGAAGUCGGAGUUCGGUGAUUUUACAACGUUUUUAUGAUUCUAAGAACCACCAAAAGAGAUCUAUUGGAACUGGGGGGUAAGUAUUUUAAUGUAAAUUUUGCAGUCUGGCUUAAAAUUAAUCUGACUUAAAGGACCACUAUGGUGCCCUGAGGGUGCCCCCACCCUUAGGGUCCCCCUCCCGCCGGGCUCUGGGGAGAGGAAAGGGUUAAAUCUUACCUUUUUUUCCAACGCCGGGCGGGGAGCUCCCCUCCUUCUCUCCGCCUCCGAUCCUCCUCUUCGACUGAAUGCGUAUGCGCGGCAGGAGCUGCGCGUGCAUUCAGCCAGUCUCAUAGGAAAGCAUUUAUAAAGAGAAGCACGCAAACGCCUCUAGCGGCUGUCAGUGAGACCGCCACUAGAGGCUUUAGAGGCUGGAUUAACCCAUUUAUAAACAUACCGGUUUCUCUGAAACUGCUAUGUUUAUAAAAAAAAAAAAGGGUUAAUUCUAGAGGGACCUGGCACCCAGACCACUUCAUUAAGUUGAAGUGGUCUGAGUGCCUAGAGUGGUCCUUUAAUGUUUUUUUUUUUUUACUUUUCUUUAUUUUUGUUCAGCGUUCUCUGCGCUGUUCCUCAUUUUCUCUUGCUCGGCUUUUCAGACCACUAACACGCACACUGAGAAACUUUUCAUUAUAAAUUAGAGCAUUAUAAGAGUCAUUAAUUAAUAACGCACUUUCACACAUUUUAACUGCCUAAAUGUGUAACUAAGCUAUAACAGAACAAUUGCACAGGGCAUGCACAAAAUACUGCUGUUCGCCAAUCAAUAAAAACAAAAACCUACAGAAUCAAAACUCAGAUUUUGACACAAGUCUUGCAAUUUUGCUUUAUACGAUUUACAUUUGACUCUAAUCCUUUUUUGUUUUCUCUGAAAUUACACCCAUGUUAGAUUAAUCUCUCUGCCAUUAAAUAUUGUUAUUCCAAUAGAAUCUUGUUAGGUGUCACAUAAGGAAAUCAUAGAGAAAAAGGUUUAAUCAAAAUCCUUAUCAAUCUUAUUAAUCCUCUUUACAAGGCAGUGAUAUGUGAUAAUAUAUACAGUAGCGAUAUGUUGCCGAGAUCUUUAGCAUGGCUACACUCCAAGAAUGGUUUAUCAACUUACCUGGGGUCCUUUAAUUGCCCUCCAUCUCUGCAAAUGGAAGCUCUGUGCAGAGCUAAGCCCAGUACCACUAAGUGGCGUUAAUUGAAGCACCUGCAAGGUUACUCCAUGGGAGGUUGGCAAUAGCUGCCAGAUGUCACCCAGGUAAGUUGUCAAAAUGGUUCUUAAAGGACUUUCAUCAAGUUUUACUUCUCUUUUUUACGUUUAUUACAUUUAUUGAAACUUUAUUCGUUUUUAAAUUAUGUAUAUUGAUUUUUAUUUAUUUUUGUGUGUGUGAAAAUUUCACUUUUUUGUUUUUUAUUUGGCUAAGCAACCAUUUUGGGUCAGAUUCAGAUGAUAUCUGACAAACUGUUGCUCAUCCUAACUUGCUGUUGCUGUAAUUGCUAUAUGUGAACCUGCAGCAGCAGCAAGUUAGAUUGGGCAGCAGUUGCUUAGAUAACCGUAAAGCAAGCAUGCCAAACUCAAAGUCUGGCACGGGCCACAUAAACAAGGUUUAGGUUUAUGUGGGCUGCAAAACAAAAUACCUUAAAUAGGUUUAUUUUAAAAAGCACAGUAUGGAAAAAAAAAAAAAACAGCAUCCCCCUCUACUAAAUCCCAGUCCCCCCUCCCUACUAAAUCCCAGUCGUCCCCCCUCCUACUAAAUCCCAGUCGUCCCCCCUCCUACUAAAUCCCAGUCGUCCCACCCCUCCUACUCUAUCCCAGUCGUCCCACCCCUCCUACUCUAUCCCAGUAAGGUCCCACCCCUCCUACUCUAUCCCAGUGCCCCCCCUCCUCCAUCCCAGUGCGUCCCACCCCUCCUACUCUAUCCCAGUGGAGUCCCACCCCCUCCUACUCUGUCCCAGUCGUCCCACCCCUCCCUGCUCUAUCCCAGUGGGUCCCACCCCCUCCUACUCUAUCCCAGCUCCUAGAUCCCGUCGUCCCACCCCUCCUACUCUAUCCCAGUGUCCCACCCCUCCUACUCUAUCCCAGUGGGUCCCACCCCCUCCCUCUCUACUCCGGGUGCGUGGGUCCACCCCUCCUACUAAAUCCCAGUGAGUCCCACCCCUCCUACUAAAUCCCAGUGUCCCACCCCUCCUACUAAAUCCCAGUCGUCCCACCCCUCCUACUAAAUCCCAGUCGUCCCACCCCUCUACCACCCUGUGCCAAAUCUGAUCCUCCCACUACUUCUUGAAACUCUGUGAAGGUGGAGCACGUCGAUGUCACGUGGCGUUGCGUGCCUCCAUGCACCUCUGGGUACUCCACUGUCCAGUCGCAGCCAAUGCAACACACACACACUCACUCACAGACAUACUCACUCACAGACAUACUCACUCACAGACAUACUCACUCACAGACAUACUCACUCACAGACAUACUCACUCACAGACAUACUCACUCACAGACAUACUCACUCACAGACAUACUCACUCACAGACAUACUCACUCACUCACAGACAUACUCACUCACUCACAGACAUACUCACUCACUCACACACAGACACACAUUAUUGCACUCACAUAAUUUAAUUUAUUGUUCCCUACCUUUGGGAGCUGGUUUGGGGAUCUUCUAUCUGGAGAUCUCCUUCCUGGUGCCGGAAUAUGACCAUAUAUUCCCGCGCCCAGCCUCACUACAGACUGCACUCGCCAGGGAGCAGUGAGGAGCAGGAACACUGAGCACCCUCGCUGGCCUUCCCCCCCCCCCGGCCGGGUAAGUUUGAGCAGAGUAGACACCUACAAUGUGGGGAAAGCAGUUGCCUACUCUGCUAUAACACCAUCAUGUACUUGCGAUUCGCUGGGCCGCAUGCGACCCGCGGGCCGCGAGUUUGACAUGCUUGCCAUAGAGUCUGACUCAACAUGGCCGCUCAGCCAGAUAAAAAGUGACAUUUUCUCCAAAAAAAUUAUCUGUAUACAUAGUUUUUAAAAAAAUCGUUGUUACAUUAAAUGUAAUAAACUUAAACAUAGAAGUGUAAUAUUAUGACUGUUGUCCUUUAAACUGUUUUACUCUAGGAGGUCACCAGGGUACUACUGGCACCAUAACCAUUACAGUUGCGUGGAGUAUUCCUUUUAAGUAAUUUAACUGGUCCAUUAAAAACAAAUAUAAAAAGAAAUAAAACUUAAUUCCAUAACGAAAAUUAUUUUAUGGGGUAGUAGUGGUUUUCAAAUAUCUAAACUAGCGCAUUUUAAUAGCUAGGAAAAUAUAGUAUAGCUGUUUUCUUUUACACGUAGAAAUAUGAACUAAUACAGUUUGUUGGCACAGGGGAAGUGAAGUAGGGUACGAACAAACAGGGAUUUGUGAUUAUUAACUCAAGAAUGUUAGAAAUUGUUUCCCAAAUACUCAAUUUUUCUUCACUAAUUGAUUCAAAUCUCGAUAAUGAACUGGAUUCUUCUUAACUGAUGCCUAGGUAGAUAAUGCAAGCCACAUAAUAGACUUUAAUAGUAAUGCAAUUUCAUUUUCUAAACACCAUAGGAUUCAAGACCUAAAAGAAAGGAUUAGGCAGCGAACAAAUUUGUCCUUGGGUCCUAGUAUUGAAACACAUGGAGAGACGUUUUUGGCACAGGAAGUAGUGGUGAACCUCCUACAAGAAACCAAACAUGCCUUUGAAAGGUGUCAUAAAGUGAGUUCCAGCAAAUAUACUGUGCUUUCUUAUAAACCGAUUUAGCUCAUUAACUACCAACAGAAUAAUCUUUUCAUCUAUUAAUGCUAUGGUAUUGUUAAUUCAAACAAACAUUUGUUUUCACAUUUAAUAUAUUGGGGUAGUUUAUACCCUUAAACAAUAAGGCCUGCUUUCCCCAGUCUUAUCCUCUACAAAAAAAUAAACAAUAAAGCACACAGAGGUAGUUGUGGCAUUAUAAUGACAACCGCUGACCUGUAUAAGCAGGGUUUAAUCUGGCUUGAAAACCAUUCAAGCAUGUUGGUGCCAGCAAGAUCCUAAACACUAAACCCAUCAAAAAUGGUUAAAAAGAGGGGUUUUAUGCCUAAAAAGACUGAAAAUAGGUACUACUUCCUGCUGCACUACGCCAACAAGAUUCCCUAAGGGAGUUCCUCUAGUACACCAGUCUUUAUCAGAGCCCCUGUGGCAGGCACUGCACUGCAAUCACUUUCCCUUCCUUUCUGUUUUUGGCCUCAAAGCCACCCCCUUUUUCACCCGAGCUAAUGUGGGUUAGGGAGAGUACUCCUUAGUUCUAAUAACUGUUUGCCAUAAGGGAGACCCCAUACUACCCAGUACACCCCGAGGACCUACGUGGGGUCCCCUGCCAAUGUGUCACUAAAUGAAGCGGCUAUUUGAAAAAAUGUACAGCAAUUCACAGCCUUAAACUAUUCCUAUUUAGCCUGCGGAGAGAUAGAGAUACAUUUAAAACAAAAUAAAAUCAUGUGUAUUGAUCCUGCAUCCCAAGAGAGGAGAGUGAGGGAAAGAAACUAUAGAUUAGUGAAUCCAAAUCACACGUAAGACCCUUUAACAUUAACUUUCCAAUAUUUUUUUAUACCUCCUACUUAUUGCCUGUUAUUUUUUUUCCCCCAGCUUUCAGAUCCAUCAGAUCUCCCAAAGAAGGCAUUUAGAAUAUUUUUACUUCUCGUGGAUUAUUUAUGCAUUGAGCACAUUGAUUACGCUUUGGAAAUUGGACUAGCAGGUAAGCGGGACUUUUUAGCUUUCUUUUAAAAAUGUUUAGUUUUAUCUUUUGCCUUCUUUCCUGAGAAAAGCAAUGAGACUUAUGGUAGAAAUGACGUAGUUUCUGUCAAAUAAAAAGUGUGGGUACUUGUUAGUAGUGCAGUUCAUGUUGCAAAUAUAAGGUUAACCCAUACAAAACCAACAAAUAUCAGUACUCUUCAUGGAACAAAGUGUCUGCAAGUGUUGAUGAAGGGCAUCUGGGUUUCAAACGUUUAAAGAAAAUUGUGAGAAAGUACUAUGUGGCGAAGGGGCGAUAUUUUAUUAUAAGGGAAUAGGAAUGUUAAGUUGACAAGUGACCUGGAGGAAGGGGACAUUGAUGUGUGCAUGUUAAAAGUGUUGUACUUACAGCUGUACAUGUACUGUAUAUGUCAGAAAUACACCCCCUUAAUUCACACACAGGCACUACACACGUACACGUCUGUAUUUGCACACUGACACACCACACAUACAUCCCUGCACUAACACAUACUUUUUUACCACACAAAUACACUUGUGUUUUUACAUGCCCUGACAAUCUACACAAAUACACCAAUGCAUUCUCACAAAUGGGCACUCCUGCUGCAAACAUGUUUUUAAGAAGAAAAAAACAAAGCAAAAAAACUUUAUUCAUGUGCUUGUAGGUUGUUGAGUAAAUUGCAGGCUCCCAUCAUCUUGUAGUUUCAUAACCUCUAUAAUGAGCAAUAGUGGUUGUGUUGCUUUGAGUGCUUCUGCACGUUCUCUAUGUUCUGAGAUAGGCUUAGAAUUGUUGGAAUAGUUUGGGACACAGUAAGUGCUUGCUUAGUAUUGACUGUCACUUUUCUGUCCAUUUCAGCAAUCCCUUCUCCUGAUUCGAAGAACGCCAGCCUCUAUUUUUUCGAUGUUGUGCAUCAAGCCAACACAAUUUUCCAUUUAUUCGACAAGCAGUUCAAUGAUCAUCUCAUGCCGUUAAUUAGGUAAGACUGCAAUCUGAAUUUAUACAGAUUAGUCAUUUUAGUGAUCAUAGAAACCGAUGAUAUAGCUCAGUUGGUUAUUGCCUCACUUGUAGAGCUUGUUCAAAUAUCAGAAUAACUCAAUUCUUCCUUUCAUCUUUCUGGGAUCAAUACAGUAAUCGCCGCUGAUUUGAUUAAUAAUCAUCUUAUAAGAAAACCUGUUAGAGAUUAGAGCAGGUAGAACAUACAGAUGUCUCUCAAAUUCAUGAUUUUAUUUAUGUAUAUUUUUUUUCUUGCAGUUCAUCUCCGAAGCUAACAGAGUGUCUCCAGAAAAAGAAAGAUAUAAUCGAGCAGAUGGAGGUGAAAUUAGAUACUGGUAUUGACAGGUGAGACUACACAUAGUUCUGCAAGCACUGGCUAGUUUAGAGAAAUUUCCUCUUUACUUCAGUAACCACAUAUCUUUCCUAAGCUGAACAUGUUAUAAUACAGUGUUAUGCACUGUUGAUGAAUUAGAAGUAAGGAGCUGUAAGUGAAUAAUUUUAUUGUAUCAAAUGGUUUGUGAAAGUAUAGAAAGUACACUCUUGCUUUGACUUGCAAAGCCUGGCUCAAACCAUAUAACGUAGGUUUAUACAAUUAUACAUCAAUUUUACACCCAUUAUUUAUUUAGUGAAUAAACACAAGAGACUCUAAGAUAAGUUCAGAUUAUUCCAGUAUGGUGAGGGCAGGAGAUCAUUUUGGGUGACGCUACAGUGGUUUAAAGGACUUAAUGCACCUAGACUACUCCAUCUCAAUGCAGUGGUCUGGGUGCAGAGGGCCUGAAGUUUUAGCCCUGCACUUCCAGUGAUAUUCGACAACCAUGAGGACAUUGGACGUCAUCAAAUGCAGCUUAUAGGAGCCCAUUGAAUUCAGUGCGUGCCUAUGAGAAGCAUUUGGUUGGACGUUCUCAUCUGAGGAGUGUUGGAUUGGGCGAUCGCAGAGGACACCACUCCUCGACAAAGACACGGGAGGCAGAGCAGGCAGCAGCACAGAUGAUGUCUAGGUGCUUAAUAAACUAUUUUUAUUGCUCACAGACGGUUGAUCUAAUUAGGGACAAGGGCAACAUAGUGUUAGGAAUACAGGUUUGUAUUCCUUAACACAAUAGUGUUCCUUUAAGUAGCGUACUGUUUGCAAAUCUGUGCUCUUGUAUCUAACCAUUUUAUGCCUUGUUAGAGUAGUAAAAGCAUUAUUAAGUAUGUAUUUUUGGCCACCACAGGACACUAAAUUGCAUGAUCGGGCAGAUGAAGCAAAUCUUAACUGCUGAGCAAAAAAAGACAGAUUUUAAACCUGAAGAUGAAAAUAAUGUAUUAAUUCAGUACACUACUGUGAGUAUAAAAUUACUUUAUCUUUUUUUUUUUACACCAAAUACAUUUUUAUGAAUUAUUUUAUCUGCUUAACUCUAUGUAUUUUAAUUUUUAGGCUUGCGUAAAAGUUUGCCUUUAUGUGCGGAAACAAGUGGAAAAGAUUAGGAAUUCAAUGGACGGGAAGAAUGUGGACACUGUGCUAAUGGAACUGGGGGUCCGUUUCCACCGUCUUAUAUAUGAACAUCUUCAGCAAUUUUCUUACAGCUCGAUGGGAGGAAUGCUAGCGAUCUGUGAUGUAGCAGAAUAUAGAAAGUGUGCCAAGGAAUUCAAGGUGAGUGUGAGAAUGAAAGCUAAUAUGCAAUAAUUUCUUUAAAGCCAGUUCAAAUGAGUUCAGAACAUUUCUGUUUUUGGUGGUGGUGAGGGGGAACCUUAUAUCGCAAAUGGUUUGAUUACAUACCUGGGGGAGUAUGAGACCACUCAUGGCACCAUAAUCCCUACAGCGGGCUGUAGUGGUUCUAGAGUUUACAGUGUUCCUUUAAAUAAAGAAUUCUUUUACGCUUUCUUUUGAGAUGAGAUUAGAAUCAUGGAGAAAUUUAAUUUGCAGAAAAUAACCUGGGUUUUGAGAAAACAUUUGUGACAGACUCAAGCUCUAUCAAUCUAGUGACUCAAUCGUGUGCAUUUCCUGUUUCUGUUUGCAGAUUCCACUUGUGCUACAACUUUUUGAUACUCUGCACUCCCUUUGCAACCUUCUGGUUGUAGCCCCAGACAAUUUAAAGCAGGUUUGCUCGGGUGAGCAGCUCGCCAGCUUGGACAAGAACAUCCUCCAUUCCUUUGUGCAACUGAGAGCCGACUACAGAUCUUCACGCCUCGCCAGGCAUUUUAGCUGAAGUCUGCCAUCAAGAGCAGCAACAUGUAACUGUUUUCCAAGCCUUGGUUGUAAGAAAGCACAGGGAGUCUUUACAUACUCCUAAGUACAUGGAGACUGGUUUCUUUUUACAGGGCUGUAACGCUAUAGCAGAACAAGGCCGCAUUUAACCCACCCCUGUUCCUGCUUUCCUGUCCAUAAAGAGUGGAAGUAAAUUUAAUCCCGACACCUGACUUCUCCGGUAUGGAAACUAAGAAGCGGGUUUGUUAUUUUGUGCAACAUUUACUCUGAUGCUUAAUUUUCCUCUUUUCGUUGUAGACAUGAAUAUUGGAAUGGGGGCAUACUGUAUAUGCUGCUUUGUAAUGAGUUAACCCAUAAAGUAGCUGCUUUUAUAUAAGUGAGGGUGAUUUUAUUGUAAAUUGUGACAAAAUGGUGUGUGAGGUUCAGAGAUAUAUUAAGAUUGAGACUUUGUCUUCAUAGCAUAUUGAAUGAAACUCCUUUUGUGCCUGGGAAGGUAGUACAUAUUUAAGGAGUCACUUCUGCUGCCUAAUAAUACAGAAAUAGGUAUGCUAAGCUAAACUGAAUAUAUUUGUCUUACCAGGCCUUUGUUAGGUUUUUUUUUUUUCCCCCAUGGUCUGUUGAUCUUGUACCUAGUUUAAAAUAGAAGUCUACUUUGUUGAUACUGACAGAUUACAUCUCUUGUAACUCAUCUGUUCAGUACAGUCUAUUCACAUUUGUUCAUCCUCACAAAUAUUUAGAAAAUAUAUUAUUUAUCUAUAUGAAGCUUGGCUGCUUUCCCCAAGAACAUGUUUAAUUAAUUUAUUUGUACAGAUGGCUGAACUAAGACCAGUUAUGACGCUAGGACUAGAUUAUUUGAGAAAUGGCAUCUUUGAACCAUUAUGUCCAGUUUGUGUACACCAUUUUGUGUUUUUAUACAUUCACUUUGGUUUACUGAUGAGAUCAUUUGCUAUAUGUAUUAUAUAACCAACUUUUACAUUCUAAAUCAGAAUUUAUUUACACUUCAUUUAUUAAAAAAUAUUGUUUUGUAGAAACUGCCAUCAUCCUCAGAUGUGCUAAUGAAACUUGAUGGACAUUGCAGUCAAAUAACACCUAUAAUGGUAGAUUUGUUGCCCAUUACUACUGUAACAUGAAAUUAGUUAUGUAUUAACUUGUUAUAAUAUUCUUAAAGAAGGUAUUCCCUUCGUGAUGCAUCGGAGGGCCUUCCCCAACCCAUGAAAUAGAUUUCCGCACUUUAAACCACAAAAUUGCACCAACUUUUGUUUUGUCCUUCGCAAAGUUAUUUGUUUUUUGAAAAAAUCCACACUGCAGCCCGUUUUAACAAAUUACUAUUAAAAAAAAAAAAAAAUCACAAGAGUUUCAGAAAGUGCUUUAUGCCAAAAUAAUGUUGCCAAAUAUUACACAUUUUUUGGAAGCAGUAGAAAAUAUUUUGCCAAGAAAAAAAAACAAUGCUUAAGGGGGACAGAGAUAAUGGACAGCAGCAGAACUAGCUGUUUUCUAUAUUAUUCUGUGUUGAAUGACUGAAUCGUCAUUUUUAGAGUAGCGGGAGGGAGAACAAAUCUGCCUCGUUCAGAAUGAAGUACAUGAGAAACUUCAUUGUAUGUGCAUAGGUGAAUGACGUUCCGGUAAGUAACUCGGUACUCUCUUAAAAUCAGAAGUGCCAAACUGCAGCCCCACAGCACCUGUUAAAUCACCCGAUUCUCUGUGAGUCAUAGGCUGGCAGAGAUAAGUGAGGGUUGUAGUCCAACAUUGUUUAUGGGGUGCAGUUUAACACCCCUGGUCUAGAGCUUCUGGUCUUACUGAGCAAGCAAUGUUUGUACGUGUAUUUUUUUAAAAUAAUCUUAUGGGCUUGAGAUAUGGUUAGAUUGUACACCCUUUCACUACAAACUACUUUUUAAAAGCUUGUGAGUAUUGAUAGAUGUAUGUAUAUAUAAAAAAAAAAAAAUCCAGUUAUUGAUCCUACAGAUCGUUCCCUUUGUGUGACUCAAGUAGCUGAACAUGCCUUGGUCCAAGCUGUCUCCUAACCAUAUAAACAAUACAGCAAAUUAGAAUGCACCUUAAAGUUUAACUGGGAACAUCUCACGCAUAUGUUUCUGAAUUCUGUGCUGGAUUUAAUAUAUAUAUAUGUUAAAGGUGAACUGUUACUUCUUUGGAAUUCCCCCAAUUGAAUAAAACACUGAAAGCCACCUAUAACAUGUUACAGCAUCUUAUUUAAAAAAAAAAAAAAAAAAUGGUUGGUGUCUUUUAAAUUUAUAUUAAAGAUUUAGCAGAUUGCCUCAUAAUCAACUUUAGACAAAGCAAAGCCAGGGCAAAUAUUGCUAACGAAGGGGAAAAACUGAUUUAAAAAAAAUGAUUUCUCCUCUUAUGUAUGGUCCGUCUACGCGCACCGUCUACUUCAAAGAACAGAGUUUAUAACCAUGAUUUCCAAAAAGCUAAGAUGGAGACGCCCAGUUACAGGAUCAAAAGGUGUGAAUUUUUACAUUUAAUGUUAUUUUUCACACCAUCAAUACAUAUGUUUUCUUUUCAUUUCUAGUUAAGAAAUCAUAUUUAAAAACCUGACAUUUUACACAUGCUUUUAAAAACAAAUGUUGUUACGCGAAACAGUUUUUUUUAAACUUGCAAAGCUUAAGCUAGGAAUAGGCAACCUUCGGUACUCCAGAUGUUGUGGACUACAUCACCCAUAAUGCUAGCAAAGCCUGGCUUAAGCAAUGGAAAUGCUCAGGAGUUACAGAACAAAUGUAUCUAUUUCCAUCUUCGUUAAUGGCACUUUUUUUUAUUUUUUUAUUGCUGGGAUCCAUACAGACAAUGAUCUGGUUUUAUUGUGACGUUAGACCGCUUUUAUAACCAGUCCAGUGAGACCUGUGAACUAUUAUCUCCUGAACAUUGCUUGUUAGGAACCAUGCUUUAAUUUCAUAGAUGUUUUACUUUUAAAUACGAUGUUGUUGGCUUUUAAUGCACAGAAUCACCACAGUAUGAGAUGUUUAAAGAAUAACAUCUUUCCUGCCUGUAAUUUAAAAGACAAAAUUUCUCUCUGCUUAAAUAAAAAUCUUAGAAUACUCUGGUAGCAUAAAGCUGUUUGAAUCAUGUGUUGUAGGUCAACAACAGCAGGAAAGCUACCCUGUUGUAAAAUAAAUGCAUCCAAAAAUGUAUGAAAUAUUAUACCUACAGUCUAGCUGCCAAUAAUCCAACAUGUUUAUACGGAACAAUACUGCUAAAAUUAAAUAACAUUUUAAAAAACAUGCUUUCAGUUUUGACCUUUUAAAGCAUGAGUAAAGAGAAUGUGUUUGAAGACCAUCCAGAAUAGCCUCCAUUCUAAGACAGACAUGUUUGAUGGACACUUUUAUUUAUUUUAAUGAAAUUGCUUGUAUUCAGUGUGUAAAUAUACUUGUGGAAUCAAACAGAAAUUGCAUCCAAUAGAAUGUAUUCUUCUACACAAGGAGAGCUUUUCCCCCGCCGUACACGGUAACUAUGGUGCCAGGUGAAAAGUGAUGAAGGACACAGAUUGCCUGUCUGAUACAAUUGGCAUUUUACUGGAACAUUGCAUGUUUAGUCACAGAACGUCCAAGAUAUUACAAUGGUGGGAAAUAUCAGGAAUAAUUGGUAGGUUUUCAGAUUGUUGGCAGUUCAGGAAUUUGGUAAAGGUAACACAAUAGUAAUUUUGCAAGGUCUCUUGAAAGUGCCGUUUCUGCCAAUGAUGUAUUUAAAAUCCUAAAAGCAAGAUUUGUACUGGAGCCUCCUGGUUUGGAAUUGGGCUAUCCUGUAAACAAUUCUUUUUCAGGUGUUUUGGAGUUCGGUAGCUGUGUUCUUCCCCUGUCUCCUAUACAUUUGUUGAAUAUCCCAUCCUGUUUCCAUUACCACAGUUACUGAAUUCCAUAUAAAACACUCUUACGCGUUCACAGAUAUGAAUAAGCAAUUGGAGAGCUGUGGUUUGAAAAGUUAAAUCUGUACUUUCCUGUCAAUGUGCUAUUUGCUUCAUGGAAAAACAUUGCUCUGGCCUCCAUAUUAGAAGUAAAGCUGGUUUGGAAAUGUAUUCUGUUAAAAAGAAUGUGAGCUGACCUGGUCCAGCUGGGAUGAAGUUAUAAGGUGUUAAGUAUGUGGCUUAUUUUUAUAAAUUCUAAAGUUGAUUUGAUAAAACCAAAACAUUUUCUUUAAAAAAAAAAAAAAAAUCAAACGUUGUUACAUGUAUACACUUUAUAGCUGGGCAGUUUAUAUCCUGGCAAGACAAAAUGAUUUAGGUAUUUAUCAGUCUACGCUGUCUUUCCUGCUUUUAAAGUGACACUGUCACCUUCUGGCUGAUUCUCGGGAGGGAAUAGGGGACAGCCACUAGAGGAGGAGUUAACCCUGCAAGGUAAUUAUUGCAAUUUAUAAAAACUGCAAUAAUUACACCUGCAGGGUUAAGGGUAGUGGGAGUUGGCACCCAGACCACUCCAAUGGGCAGAAGUGGUCUGGGUGCCUGGAGUGUCCCUUUAACCCCUUAAGGACACAUGACGUGUAACAUGUCAUCAUUCCCUUUUAUUCCAGGGGUUAAACACUAUGGAUGAACUGAUAUUACCGGGUUUGAAGAUUGCAGAC